AUGAGUAUAGCUGCAUAUGCGUAUGAAUCUGACAGAGCUAAACGUUUAUAUUUUGGUCAAUACUCUCUCACACUUACUGACAAAUAUAUUGUUAUUUCUGAUGGAAAUACUGAGAAAUAUAUAACAUGGAAGGACUAUGAAAAGUUUGACCCUAUUUUAACUCCAUGUACUAUGCCAUUCAUUGUAAAUGGUGAAGUUGUCAUGAAGAACGACACAACUGUUUAUAGGUCUGUAUAUGAAGCAUUAGAAUAUAUGUUGAAUUAUAAUCCCGAAAGAUUUGACCCAAGCACUACACCAUGUGUAAUGCCCUUUAUUAAGGAUGGUAAAAUCGUAAGGGUUCCGAAUUCAACGGUUUAUACAGCUGUUCAAAACAGUUUACAAAACAUUUUAGCGAAUAUCUUUAAUUCAGAAACUACAGAAAUAAAAUUACCGUAUAUAACAGAUGCUAAAGAAAUUAAAUCAAGAAUUACAACAUUAUUUGCGUCACUUAACGAUUUAAUGACUUAUAUAAUUAAUACUCCCCAGCCGACUUCGGCAUUUGACCCUAACUCGACGGUUUGCAGUGUGCCUUUCAUUGAUGACAGUUCAGUAAUUGCUUUAAGGGAUUCAACAGUUAAUGAAUCAUUAAAGGCUUCAUUAAUGAAAAUCAUUGAUUUUAACUCAUUCAUGAAUACAUAUAAUUCAUUCAUUAAUGUUUCAUACACUUCUAAAGAAGGUGAGCCAAAAACUAUCGAUAAAGCGGUGUAUGAAAUAAAAGCAUCAAUGACGAAAUUGAAUUCGUUAACUUUUGACGGUGAUAGUUCCGUUAACAGCAUGACAUCAGGAAAAAACGAUUUUAACGAAAGAAUAUUUAAAAUCUCAUGUUAG